AAAAACUCCCACUUUUUUCUCCCUUUCAUUCCACUACUUUUGCUCCUCAUUCUCUGUGUUUCCAAACUGUGCCCCAGCUUCAGCCCAGAGCCAUGUAUCUCCCGACGAAAUGUUUGUGUUUUCUGUGCUCUCUCCCCAUAUUGCUGACGAUCGAUUUGGAAGAUACUGAACCAAGCUACUAUGUAGAGUCCACAGACACAGCUGAUACAAUCGACUACAAAGAUCCCUGCAAAGCUGCUGCAUAUCUUGGUGACAUCGCUUUGGACGAGGAGGAUCUCCAGCUCUUCAAAUUGGACGACGUCGAGAAGGAGGCGACCGUCAACCUCACCGGCCCAGAGUCUUUGAUAAAUGGGACCGGACCUAAUGGGCCAAGUGACCAGAACUCCCUCCGUAAGAAACGGGCGGCGACCUCCAGGAUGGAGAGGGUGUGGCCUGAGGGCGUCAUUCCGUAUAUCAUCAGCGGGAAUUUCAGUGGCAGCCAGAGGGCGAUAUUCCGGCAGGCCAUGCGCCACUGGGAGAAGCACACCUGUGUGACCUUCGUCGAGAGAACAACAGAGGAUAGCUACAUCGCCUUUACAUACCGACCAUGCGGGUGCUGUUCUUAUGUGGGCAGGAGGGGCGGGGGGCCCCAGGCCAUCUCCAUUGGGAAGAACUGUGACAAAUUUGGCAUAGUGGUUCAUGAGCUGGGUCACGUGAUCGGCUUCUGGCACGAGCAUACGCGCCCCGACCGCGACGAGCACGUCAGCAUCGUCAGGAGCAACAUCCAGCCAGGGCAGGAGUACAACUUCCUGAAGAUGGAACCUGGGGAGGUGGACUCCCUGGGGGAGGUCUACGACUUCGACAGCAUCAUGCACUACGCCAGGAACACCUUCUCCAGGGGUGUGUUCCUGGAUACCAUCUUGCCCCGCUACGACGUGAACGGAGUCCGGCCUCCCAUAGGCCAGAGGACAAGGCUGAGCCAGGGGGACAUUGCUCAGGCACGCAAACUCUACCGCUGUUCCAAGUGCGGCGGGAGCCUGCAGGACAGCAGCGGCAACUUCUCCUCUCCAGGCUUUCCCAACGGCUACCCGGCCUACAUGCACUGUGUCUGGAGGAUCUCCGUCACACCUGGGGAGAAGAUUAUUCUGAAUUUCACAUCCAUGGACCUGUACAGGAGUCACCUCUGCUGGUAUGACCAUGUGGAGAUUCGGGAUGGAUACUGGAGAAAAGCUGCCCUCAAAGGUCGUUUCUGUGGCGACAAGCUGCCUGAGCCAAUCACCUCGACAGACAGCCGGCUGUGGAUCGAGUUUCGCAGCAGCAGCAACUGGGUGGGCAGGGGCUUCUCGGUGGCGUAUGAAGCCAUCUGUGGUGGGGAUCUGAGCCGUGACAGUGGACAGAUCCAGUCUCCCAACUACCCGGACGAUUAUUGGCCCAACAAAGUGUGUGUGUGGCGCAUCACCGUGGCACCAGGCUUUCACGUGGGCCUUGCCUUUCAGUCCUUCGAGAUUGAGAGGCAUGACAGUUGCACCUAUGACUACCUGGAGAUCCGGGAUGGCGACUUGGACAGCAGCCCCUUGCUGGGCCGCUUCUGCGGCUACGACAAGCCCGAGAACGUCAAGAGCAGCUCCAACAAGCUUUGGAUGAAGUUUGUAUCCGACGGCUCUGUCAACAAAGCCGGAUUCGCCGCCAGCUUCUUCAAAGAGAUGGAUGAGUGCUCCAAGCCGGACAAUGGACGGUGUGAGCAGCGCUGCAUCAACACGCUAGGUAGCUAUCGCUGUGCCUGCGAUCCUGGGUUCGAGCUGGCAGCAGACAAACGCAGCUGUGAGGCAGCUGCCUGUGGCGGUUUCCUCACCAAGUCCAACGGCACCAUCACCAGUCCUGGCUGGCCACGGGAGUAUCCGCCUAACAAGAACUGCGUCUGGCAGCUGGUGGCGCCCCCCCAGUAUCGCAUCACACUGCAGUUUGAUGCCUUUGAGACGGAGGGCAACGACGUGUGCAAGUACGACUACGUGGAGGUGCGGAGUGGACUCACGCCGGACUCCAAGUUGCAUGGGAGGUUCUGUGGUUCGGAGAAGCCUGAGGCAAUUACCUCCCUGUACAACAACAUUCGUGUCGAGUUCAAGUCAGACAACUCAGUGUCCAAAAAGGGCUUCAGGGCCCAGUUCUUCUCAGACAAGGACGAGUGUUCGAAGGAGAACGGUGGCUGCAUGCAUGAGUGCGUCAACACGCUGGGCACCUACAGCUGCCUGUGCCGCAGCGGCUUCGUCCUGCACGACAACCGGCAUGACUGCAAGGAAGCGGGCUGUGAUCACAUCAUAAACAGCAUAUCUGGCACCAUCACCAGCCCCAACUGGCCCGAUAAUUACCCCAGCAAGAAGGCCUGCACUUGGGCCUUGUCCACCACCCCAGGCCAUCGCAUCAAAAUUGCCUUCAAUGAGAUUGACAUGGAGACUCACCUGGAGUGUGCCUACGACCACCUGGAGGUCUAUGACGGACGGGACGCCAAGGCCCCCAGCCUGGGCCGCUACUGCGGAAGCAAGAAGCCCGCCCCCCUCAUCUCCACUGGCGACAGGAUGUUCCUGCGGUUUUUCUCUGACAACUCUGUGCAGAAGAAGGGCUUCGAGGCCUCACACUCAGCAGAGUGUGGCGGCAACCUGAAGGCCGAGGUGAAGACUAAGGACCUGUACUCCCACGCCCAGUUCGGGGACAACUAUUACCCCAGUGCCUCCGACUGCCAGUGGGUCAUCUCAGCUGAGAAGGGCUAUGGGGUGGAGAUCAUCUUCCAGACCUUCGAGGUGGAAGAGGAGGCGGAUUGUGGCUAUGACUACGUGGAGCUCUUUGACGGCGCAGACACCAAAGCUCCCCGGCUUGGCCGUUACUGUGGAUCGGGGCCCCCUGAGGAGAUCUACUCUGCUGGCGACUCUAUCGUCAUUAUGUUCCGUUCCGAUGACACCAUCGACAAGAAGGGCUUCCACAUGCACUACACCAGCACGAAGUUCCAAGACACACUGCACUCCAGCAAAUGACCUGAUGGGCGGGGGGCGGGGGUGGCUGGAGGCGUUGGUGCAGUGGAGCCCAUCGGCCGCGAAAGUCACCAGGCCCAUAGGAUGGUGGUGGGAAGGGCCGAGUCUGGCCCGGCCCCCUUGGUGGACCUCUGGGUCUUCCCCCAAUGGACUGUGAGGAGCAAAGCCAUUAUUGAGUAGACGUCGAUUUUACCUGUUACAUUACCUACUGCAUUUGGCGUGUGGGUUGGGAUGGAUAGAUUUGUUGGGGGGAA